AUGGGUCGUGGAGUUAGUGCAGGUGGUGGACAAAGUUCUUUAGGGUAUCUUUUUGGUAGCGGAGAGGCUCCAAAGGCAGCCAUUAACAAUGCUCCAACUCCUCCAUCUGAAACUCUGCCUGUAAAUUCUGUUCCUUCGCCUAAACCUGUUGCUGCGCAGCAGGUUAAUCUUACCAACCAAAUGCCUGCCGGUAAUAAAUCCUCUACAAACAACUACACUCGAGCAGAUGGACAGAACGCUGGCAACUUCCUUACGGAUCGGCCAUCGACCAAGGUUCAUGCAGCCCCUGGAGGCGGGUCAUCUCUGAAUUACCUCUUCGGUGGUGGCGGAAGCAACUAG